AGAGAUGCGCGUGAAUAAACCAGAGAUGCCCUCAGUCACUUGUUACUCCUCAUCCUACACCAGACAGACACGCGCCUGAUCCGGACAGCUCUGACGGGCCCAUCACCUCUCGAACCGCGGAUGAAAUUUACAUUCAACACUGCUGUUUACUGAAGACUCUGGAGAAGAUGAAACUGUGAUGUUGAGAAGACAACGCUGCAGGAAACUUUACAAAGAUUUAAUUAACCAAAUAAACCAAAUCGACGUGUCACGCGCUGAGCCGAACCCAUCCUGUCACGAGCUCAGUAGCACAGCAGUCCAAACAUGCCCGGGGAAGAAUCCGGAUCGGUUCUGUCCUCACAAAGCGAAGUGGACGACGGUAAAGUUUCGCCCAUUAUUUGUGAAGAUGAAUUUCCCAGCGCUCGUUAUAUGUUGGAUGGACUCGGUGCGAAUCGAUAUUUCAUGAUGGGCGCAUCACAUCAAACUCCAGAAAACCCGAACCCCUGUUCCUUUUUUCCAUACACAAGUCAAACUGGAUCCGUGUACUCCGGUUCUGAUGGGUCGAGGUACACCACAUCUCUCCAUUAUGGCUCAGUUCUUCCCUCCACCGGGUUCUGUCAGUCUCUGUGCGCAGGACGCGGUGAGUUCGGCACAGGCUAUCAGUUUGGACACAGUCCCGGGAACACCUAUCACUCGUACCAAGGAACCGGGUCCGCUAUCGGCUCUGUUGGACUGAGAGCGCAGGUGUAUCUCUGCAACCGACCGUUAUGGCUGAAAUUUCACCGGCACCAAACAGAAAUGAUCAUCACCAAACAGGGCCGGCGGAUGUUCCCAUUUCUAAGUUUCAAUAUAAGCGGCUUAAGCCUCACGACGCAUUACAAUGUUUUUGUGGAGAUAGUUUUAGCCGAUCCAAACCAUUGGAGAUUUCAGGGCGGUAAAUGGGUUACCUGUGGAAAAGCCGACAAUAAUAUGCAAGGAAAUAAAAUUUACGUCCACCCAGAAUCACCGAACACAGGUGCUCAUUGGAUGAGACAAGAAAUUUCUUUCGGCAAACUGAAAUUAACAAACAACAAGGGAGCAAAUACCAAUUCACAGAUGAUUGUUCUGCAGUCUUUACACAAAUACCAGCCAAGACUUCACAUCGUUGAAGUGCCAGACGAUGCGACUGAAAGCGUUGGGAGAGAACCGAAGAGUCAAAUCUUCACCUUCCCCGAGAAUCAGUUCAUUGCUGUUACAGCAUAUCAAAAUACUGAUAUCACUCAACUCAAGAUUGACCACAAUCCAUUCGCUAAGGGUUUCAGAGACAAUUAUGAUUCGAUAUACACUCUUCCAGAGCGCGAGACACUCACGCCAUCACCCACAGACCAGGCGCGCGCACAGAAGAUCGUGCCGAGCGCGCGCUUUGCCGUGCAGCCCUUCUUGCAGGACACGCGCACCCAGAGCCGCUUUUACAGCAGCGAGCGCACAGUUGCGCAAAGUAACGGCGCGCUGUGUGACGACACACAGAGGUGGCUGCUGACGUCAGUGCAACAAACUGGUGCCAGUAAACUUGAACUGUACGAGGGCGAUUAUUCCAGUUCGUUACUGCCGUACAGUUUGAAGUCUUUACCGCUGCAGUCUCACUCUCUCGGUUAUUACUCAGACCCCGCGCUCGCCUCCGUGACCGCAGGAUGGGGGUCCAGAGGCUCGUACCCGAGGAAAAUUACCUCAGGCUUGCCAUGGUCGCCCAGGCCAAGCCCCACGGACGAACAAAUGCAGGAGAAAGACAAACCCACGGAAGAAAUCACAUUUACCCAAACUUCGGCCUGGAUGGAAAGCGCGCCGUCUUUAAAACCGACUCUGGACUCCACAGAUGAACCCAGUAUUUAUUCAGUUGUGUGCAAACGGAGGAGAACCGAGAACCCACCGAACAUCAAGACAUGUGAAGAAUCGACAGCUUCAGAAAACUUGAACAAGGAGAGUUCGUCCAGAUCUCUGGGUUAUUACGCUUUCUAUAGCUGAAGAGAUCCCUGGCCUGUACACAAACCUGUCUGUGAUUUUUAAAUGUUCUGUCAAUUUGUUAGUGAAGAGAUUCAACUUUUCAUACAUCGAAAUCUACCAAAAGUUGAUUCUUUUUACUUUUGUAUUUAUU